AGGCUGUCGAGGCUCGUACCGGACCUAGAAAGUACGAAAAUAUGGAUUUGGAAGAACUUGACGAAUUCGAAGAUGAGCUUGAUGACGAGCAGAUUGUACAUGCGUACAGGCGACAACGACUGGAAGAAAUGAAGGCAAAACUAUCGAAGGAAAUAUAUGGGGAAGUUAUAGAGAUUUCGAAACCGGACUGGAAGAAACAAGUGAACGAGGCAGGGGAGAAGAUCUGGGUUGUGGUGCAUUUGUACCAAAAUGGGAUCGAAGCCAGCAAAGUGGUCAGUGGAUGCGUAGAAGCUCUUGCCAAGAAGCACAAGGCUACGAAGUUUGUGAAGAUCUUAUCUACGAGAUGUAUUGAGAACUACCCGGAUCGGAAUCUGCCCACCCUGUUCGUGUACAGAGAUGGGGAGCUUAAGGGACAAGUAGUUGGCCGUAGUUCUUUCGGUACUGGGGAUGUUACUGUGACAGGUGUUGAAGAAAAGCUGAGCAAAAUCGGAGCGUUCGGCGCUGAGCACCGGUUUGAAACAGCCACGCAGGUACCGAACUUUGAGGUGAAACGAUCUAAAGGCUUAGUUGGGCAGGGUAGAAAAGAGAGGGAUUCGGAAAGUGAUGGUUCGAAUAGCGAUGAUGAUUGGUGAAGCUCUCUGGAGGUGCAUUGAGCAUUUCAUCAGUACAGUGACGGUGGGAUGGGAAGGGAUGCACAGUCCUUGGUCCGAGUAAUACAUGGGGGGUCAUGGCCUCAUGAGUACUCAAUAUGCUUUCCAUUUUUGGCGUUUUCGAUUGACAAACCCGGCUGUUCGCUGUGUUGUACGCGCGACGCUAAGAACUUGGCAGAAAAUUUCAUAUCGAUAGGCAUUACUCGCGAAGUGUACUAUCACUACCAUGACCAAAGUUUCUGCCCCUUGGGCCCUUUGUGGGCAGUAAAAGUUCUCCACGGUCAGAAUGAACCCUCAACCGCAUGCCGAAGGGUGGUGUGGCCUGUUAACGUAUUUCCCGUAUCGGCGAUACAUUUUUCUUAGAAUCUGGAUAAACUCGUUUGCCUAAGGAAUUCCAGUUUUUUUAGUGAUAACGAUCAUAUCAACUGAUCGACAACAAUCACGAGUCUCUUAUCAAAGCUAGACUACUGUGUCUAAACUCUAAACUCUAAAACCCGUUUCGAUAUGGCUGCAUAACUGCACGCGGACGGCUGAAGAUUGAGCCAGGGCCCGGUGAGCUCGCUGUCCGCUGUGGGGGACAUUGGGACUCGCCAGCAACAGUAGCCUUUGUAGCACGCGUGAAAAUGAGCAAAUCAUGGUCUUUUUUUACAUAAAUUUAUUUAAGACGCA